CGCUCGGACAUGAGUAAAUGACGUCAGCUCCCAGGUCGCCGAGCAGAGAAACAAACAUGGCGACAGAAUGGAGCGGGCAGCAGGGUUACAUUCUCACCGUCAUUAUCUGCCUGUGGACCGCCGUCGGCGGCCGGACAGAGACGGUGGCUGCGGCGGCGCGUGUAGGCGUCAGCGGCGGCCGGGGCGGCGACGGAAGCCAGGUGCUCGGCAUGCGGCUGGAGAGGAGCGACAAGCCGGCCAGCACCAAUGACGACGGUGUCAUCCAGGUGACUGAGGAGAGCACCGUGCAGCUCCGGUUUUACGGGGUACAGCUCCACUCUGGCGCCUGGACGCAGAUCCGCUUCACGGAGGUCGCGGACGGCGGCGGCGUGGAAGAGGAGGAGGGCGAGGAGGAGGCAGUCGCGGCCGCCAGGGGAGGCAGCGGCAUGAUGGACACGCCGGACAGGACUUGUGUUGAUUUCACGAAGGACAUCAUUGUCGGGAGCUACUUGAACGUGAGCAGCAGAGGGACGUCGGGGGUGCUCAGCGUGCACAUUAAGCCGCUGCGCAAGAGCGAGCUGCAGAAGGAGUAUGCCCUGUGCACGCUGAGCGAGGACGGCGUUAGGUGGGUGCUGCUGGGGGACAGCGAUGGCAGGGUGCUGGUGGUGGAGGAGAAGAAGUCUCUGCUGCCCAUGUGGCUGCAGGUCAUCCUCAUUUGCUGUCUGCUCGUGCUGUCCGGGAUGUUCAGCGGCUUGAACCUGGGGCUGAUGGCGCUGGACCCCAUGGAGCUGCGCAUCGUCCAGAGCUGCGGCACCGAGAAGGAGAAGAAAUACGCGAGGAAAAUUGAGCCCAUCCGCCGCAAAGGGAACUACCUCCUGUGCUCUCUUCUUCUGGGAAACGUCCUGGUGAACACCACCCUCACCAUCCUGCUGGAUGACCUGAUCGGCUCCGGGCUGGGCGCAGUGGUGGCUUCCACCAUCGGCAUCGUCAUCUUCGGAGAGAUCGUCCCCCAGGCGCUGUGCUCCCGCCACGGGCUGGCUGUUGGAGCCAACACCAUCAUGCUCACCAAGUUCUUCAUGCUCCUGACCUUCCCGCUGUCCUUCCCGGUCAGCAAGCUGCUGGACUUCCUGCUGGGCCAGGAGAUCGGCACCGUGUACAACCGGGAGAAGCUGGUGGAGAUGCUCAAAGUCACGGAGCCUUACAACGACCUGGACAAAGAAGAGCUGAACAUGAUCCAGGGCGCCCUGGAGCUCCGGAACAAAACCGUGGAGGAUGUGAUGACCCCUUUAGCGAACUGUUUCAUGAUCCAUGCGGACGCCGUGCUGGACUUCAACACCAUGUCGGAGAUCAUGGAGAGCGGCUACACGCGCAUCCCCGUGUACGACGACGAGAGGUCCAACAUCGUGGACAUCCUGUACGUGAAGGACCUGGCGUUCGUGGACCCAGAUGACUGCACCACCCUGAAGACCAUCACCAAGUUCUACAACCACCCGGUGCACUUCGUGUUUCACGACACCAAGCUGGACGCCAUGCUGGAGGAGUUCAAAAAAGGUAAGUCCCACCUGGCCAUCGUUCAGAAAGUGAACAACGAAGGAGAGGGAGAUCCCUUCUACGAGGUCCUGGGAUUGGUCACCUUGGAGGAUGUUAUCGAGGAGAUCAUCAAGUCGGAGAUUCUGGAUGAGUCCGACCUCUACACUGACAACAGGAACAAAAAGAAGGUGGACCCCAACAAAAACAAGCGAGACUUCUCAGCCUUCAAACACGACAGCGACAGCAAAGUGAAGAUCUCUCCUCAACUCAUGUUGGCAGCUCAUCGUUUCCUGGCCACAGAGGUGAACCUGUUCAGCCCGUUCCAGAUCACAGAGAAAGUCCUGCUGAGGAUCCUCAGACACCCGGACGUCAUCCACGAGCUCAAGUUCAACGACAACGACAAACGAUCGCCGCUGCACUUCCUCUACCAGAGAGGCAAACCUGUCGACUACUUCGUUCUCAUCCUGCAGGGCCGGGUGGAGGUGGAAGCUGGAAAUGAGAACAUGAAGUUUGAAACUGGCCCGUUCUCCUACUACGGCGUCAUGGCUUUGAGCUCUACAUCACUGGCCGUCACCCCUCCUCUCUCCCCAUCAGUGGUGUCCCCCCCUCCACGCCGCCUCUCUCUUAAGAGAUUUUCUCUGUUCUCUCGUUUCCCAGAGUUUCGUUCUCCAUCACAUGGUGGCAACCUCAACCGCUCGGCAUCUCUGAGCUGCACUGAGCGCGCUCAAGAGAGCGGCUCCGUCAGCGGGAGCAACACUCAGAUCUCGGGAACCUCGUUCCAGUACAUACCAGACUUCAGCGUUCGAGCUCUCACAGACCUGCAGUUUGUCAUGAUCACUCGUGCUCACUACCAGAACGGUCUCUUGGCGUCCAGGCUGGACAGCACCCCUCAGUCUCCAGAGGGCAGCCACACUCCCCUGGACAUAUCUAUCUCUUUGCCUCCUGUGACGCCGCUGAUAAUGCGCAACCCUCUGCCGCUGGCUACACCUCCUACGAAGUACCCAUCAGCCAACACUCAGCCGACACCACCGAGCAGCCGUGCUACCAUUUCCCAAAGCACUCCUGCGUCUGGCCGGAGGCCCAGCCAGUCUUUGCCCCAGGCCACUCUUCCUCCAAGCAACCACACCCACAUCUCCCAGACACCUCCCUCCACCAAAAGCACGGCGUUGUGCGCUGUGAACCCAAUCCACGCGUCCUCCCUUUCCUCCAAGUCCCAGCCGUCUCCGCCCUCUGACGGCCCAGAGAACGGGCCCGGAGAGACCACCACUCUGCUCAGUGAGCAGCAGAACUGUGUGGGCCCCCGUCGGCCCAGCCACACUCAGCCACAACCACACGUUCACACCAUCAGUCACGCACACACUGAAAGCACCAUCUAACCCAAGCCCCGCUAGAAAAAUAACUACCUGUUCACUCACUUCCUGUUGGCUCCUGAACUUUUCUGUCUGAGGGAAGCUGAGCAUCAGCACAACAAGGAUCCUCCCACACCCUCCCUGCAUGCCCCCCUCACUACACUGACAAGACCAAAAACACGGUACAGAGAGAUCAGGGAGCACUAGUGAGUCUGUACAUAGUUGCAGUGUUAAAGGACUCAUCACCCAAAGUUUGUUCACCGUUUUAUUUAGUUCCAUCUGCCUGGGUGGUGAGAUUUCUGCCUUCUCCUUGGUACAGUGGAGGAGUUUCAUUUUUGGUGCUCAAAAUUUUAGAAAAAGACAUUUAUUUUUUAAAGAACUAAAAAAUUUUUACUAUAAAAUGAGCUCCUCAAAAUUAUUUGGAUUAUCCAGAAUAACUUUGAUGUUGUUUAUGGAAAGACCAUUUAAAUUUAAAAACUUAGGUAAAAAUGACUUUUUAGUGUUUUAAAUAGGAAGGAUGUAUACCAAUAAUUUUUAGCCUUUGUAAACUCACAGUUUGGUCCAAACUGACUUUAUUAUCUUCCUUCAACAUGAACAGAAACCAUGGCAACACUUGUUGACAUUGAUAUGAUCGCAGUGUGUUACACUGCCCCCUCUGGUCAGUGGCCAAAUUGCACCUUGAAAAUAAAAAUAAACUAAUUUCAUAAUGUGAGUUGACUACUUACAACAUCCCCAUCAGAUUUCAAGCAUAGUUCUAAUUACUGCUGGAAAAAUAUGAUCUAUAAAAUUUAUAAGUCCCUGAAAAACUAAUGCAAACUCAAAAGCACCACAGUGAAAUUUUUUACGUGACAGAUGCCAACACCGCCGCCCACGUGGUAGUAGAUUACAUAUGAUUGUAGACUGUAGCUUCACGUUGCCUCUUCUUCCCUUCUAGUUCACUGUUAUUAUCAAAUUGAUUUAGACACACAGACAAGGAUAAAGGUAAAGCGGCUGGCUAGCUGAGUUGGCAGGGCACCAGUCUCCUAUGCUGGAGACUUGAGUUCAAAUCCUGCAGAGUAUGAAGGUAAACACCUUCCAUUUAGGUGCUUAACACCACUGCCUAAUCACCUUCAGAUUUAAGUCACCUUGGAGAAAAGUCUCUGCUAAAAGGUGAUAGACAGAAUAAACAACAUUUUAAAUGUUUUGAGCAACAAAAAGUUCCAUUUACCUCCACUUUAUCUUGGAUGUGCAUGAAUCAAAACCCUGCAGAUAAAACCGAAAGUUUCAGCUUUUUAUUUAUUUGUUUCCUGUUUUCUGAAACUUUUAUGGUUUGAGCGCUUUAAGGCAUCAUAGGGAAAACACAUCACAGCGGCAUCCAUGUUGCACGGCUUACUGUUGUUGGAUGUUGGUUUGAGUUUGUUUCUAUAUUGUUUUCCCUUUUUUCCAAAGAGUAAAACUUCCAAAGUUAUGAAGUUAAGUUAAAUUAAGUUUUUUACUUGUCAUGGAUUUUCUGACUUUGUUCUUUGCAGCAGAGACUUUACGGCAGAAUUGUGAAUAUAUUUCUGUGUCAGUUUAACUACCAGCAAAGUGACCAGAUUCACUGUCCUCUGCAGCUGCAGGUGAGAUGGAAACAACACACUGCUGAUCUGACAUGUUUUAGCUCAUUUAAAUCGAACUCCGGAUUCAGUGGAAACUGAAAGCUUAUUCCCAGAUUAAAGGGAGCCAUCAGCUUUAAUUCAUGUCUUUAGUCAUUUCAAG